AUGUACGUUUUCUGUUUUGCUAUUGUUAUUUUAUUUUUUAUUAAAUUUUUUUUAUCUUAUAAAUUCGUAGUUUCUAAUCCUGAACGCCCAAAUAUCACAUCCCAAGAAGCGUGGGAUAAAUUACUUAAGGCUGCUGAUGAAAAUGAUACUGAUGAUUUCAAAGAAGCACUUGAAUCAUAUGCAAAAGUUACUCCGGAAGAAACAUUUGUGACAAUUGAGAAAAAACUAAGAUCUGCGAAUUCUAAGGGCAGAAUUAUUUCAUUUGAACGCCCGGAAAUACCGUUAACUAAGGUUUUAGUGGACCUACAGGGAAAUACUAACAAGAGAUAUGUUGCUACACCUACUUUGGUUCACCCUACCCGUCUCCCUCGUACAUCCGGAAAUCGUGCUAAUGGUCCAGAGGAGAAUUUACAAUGGUUAGCUGAUUCAGGUUUUAUGGUAGAUGAUCGUUCACCGGUUUGUUUUAACUGCAAACGGAAAGGCCAUAUAACAAAGUAUUUAAAUGUUUGUCCUCUUUAA